AUGGCUGAGCAGACAGGCAGUGCGGUACUUCGGUCUCCAUCCACGGAUUUGGCACUGCAGAGUGCUGCUCAGUUUAUUGACGGCAGCAUCGAAGGAGUAAUUGCGCGCACAUCUCAUUCCGUUGUCUACCGUGCACAAUCUCGUCUGUUCGUUUGCUUGAUUCUUAAUUGCUGCGAGUGUUUCAUUCUUGGUUACUGCGAAUGCUAG